CCUCCCUUUUCCCGAUUUCUACCCUUCCACUACAAUUUUCCACUGCGAUUUGUCCAUUUCUGAUUUCAUUUCCACAAACUCCAAUUUUCCACUGCGAUUUGUCCAUUUCUGAUUUCAUUUCCACUAACGCCAUUUUCUCCCAAUUUAAUUGCACACUUUCUUCAUCCUAGGAAAAAUUGCAAAAAGGUCACUCUUUUUGAGAGAGAGAGGAAGAAAGAGGAAAGUGGUGAGAUAAAAACCAACCCAUUCUCGAGGAGGAACAUCAAAUUUCCCCUGUUUUUCUCUCCCAAUUUUGUCUUUUUCUUUUUGGAGGAGUCUAAAAAAAUUCAUAAUCUUUUUCUUUCUCUCCUCUUUCCUCCGCUUAUUUAUGAUCACGACUUUUGAUGUGUAUGCAAUCGCGGAGGAGGAAGGAAGAGCCAUUUCUAGAGCCACUUCAUAUUGUAUAAGCAAAUGUGAGUGCAAUAUCAAGAUUGAGCCUUUUUUAUAAACAGAAACUCUAUGUUUGCUUUGUUGAGAUUGAGAAGAAUCCAAUGCUAGUUCAUAUUGUUAACAGUUAAGCAACUGUGUUAUGCAAUAAUUAUAAAUAUGGAUGCUUUGUUUGGUUGUUGAUUUUUAAUAUUGAGCAGAAUCCAAAAUAGUUCAUGUUGAUAAGAAAAAUAGCACAAUUGUUGUGUCCAUUGUGAUUUUAUGUGAAAUAUAAUUCUUGGUUCCAACUGAAGCAAGCAUUGUUAAAGAUGUGGAGAGUCCGAUGGUCGUUCCUAGGGCUCGAUUUGAGGGCGUUGCUCUUCCUAUGUUUAGUCAUUCCCUCGGGCAUAUACCUCCACGGCCAGAAGAUAACCUAUUUCCUCCGGCCAUUGUGGGAGUCCCCUCCGAAGCCCUUCAUAACGCUAACUCAUUACUACCAUGAGAAUGUGUCGAUGGAGACUCUCUGCAGGCUUCACGGGUGGGGGCUCCGGGACUUCCCUAGGCGCGUCUAUGACGCUGUCCUCUUCAGCAACGAGGUCGACAUGCUCAAGAUCCGCUGGAACGAGAUGUAUCCUUACAUCUCGCAGUUUGUGCUCCUUGAGGCCAACUCCACCUUCACUGCCCUCCCAAAGCCCCUCAACUUUGCCUUAAACCGAGACAAGUUCAAAUUCGUUGAGCCUAGGCUGACCUAUGGGACGAUUGGUGGGCGGUUCAGGCGAGGCGAGAACCCCUUCGUUGAGGAGGCGUACCAGAGGCUGGCCCUCGACCAGCUGCUGAGGAUCGCUGGGAUAGAGGAUGACGACCUCCUUGUCAUGUCGGAUGUUGAUGAGAUCCCUAGCCGGCACACCAUUGAUCUACUGAGAUGGUGUGAUAACAUCCCUCCGGUUCUUCACCUCCAGCUGAAGAACUACCUCUACUCGUUUGAGUUCUUGUAUGAUCUCCGAAGCUGGAGGGCCUCGGUCCACAGGUACCAAAGGGGGAAGACGAGGUAUGCUCAUUACCGCCAGACGGACUACCUCUUGGCGGACUCUGGCUGGCACUGUAGCUUCUGCUUUCGUUACAUAAGCGACUUCAUCUUCAAGAUGAAGGCGUAUAGCCACACGGAUCGAGUGAGAUUCGCUCACUACCUGAGCCCGAAGAGGAUUCAAGAAGUGAUCUGCAAAGGGGCUGAUUUGUAUGAUAUGAUACCGGAGGAGUACACAUUUAGAGACAUCAUCGGGAAGAUGGGCCCGAUUCCUCACUCUCACUCGGCUGUUCAUCUGCCCUCGUUCCUGCUGGAGAAUGUGGACGAAUACAAGUACCUUCUACCCGGGAACUGCAUAAGGGAGAGUGGCUGAGGGCGGUGAGCUUCGAUUCUUGCUAUGAUUAGGCAAUGGGCAAGGGAGACUAGUGUAUGUAGGUGAUCUUCAUACGAGAGCUAGACACAUUCGGUUUUUGGUUCGAAUUGAAAGAUGCACUCUCUGUGUCUCGCUUGCUCGCUUUGUUUGCUGGCUUUGGCAAUGUGUAUGUUCAUACCCACUAACUCCCCAGUGAUUGAUGUUUAUCCCAUGACAACCCAUCUUACCUUUACCCCUCCUACAAAAUUAGUCGCACCUAUCUUUUUAUCUUCCUCCGCCACUCCCUCACGUUCUUGGAUAUGAGAAGGGAGUAAACAACUUUCUGUUUCUGUGCGCAGAGAAGAAACAGAAAUUUCAACUUUUCACUAAAAGCCACAUCUUUCUCUCAC